CUCGGACAGAUCGAAGUAAGCCAAUCAAUGUCUGGCGGGGAAUUUUUCUCGAGGUUUUUUCGGUCACGAUGAGUGCCUUCGAAGAGUUGGGGAUUUGUCCUGAGAUCAUCCAAGCAGUGGAAGAGGAUGAUUGGCUGCUGCCAACUCCUGUACAGCAGGAGGCAGUCCCGCUGAUCCUAGGUGGAGGCGACGUGUUGGUGGCUGCGGAGACGGGGAGUGGCAAGACGGGCGCCUUCGGUCUGCCAUGCUUGCAGAUUGUGCAUGAAACCCUGCGCGGCAAAUGCAGCACAAGGAAAGCGAAUGCCUCAAACUUGAAAUGCGAGCUGAAUCUGAACGACAAGGACAUGUUUGUGCUUGUCACGGAGGAUGGCAUGGAAUGCAAGAGCGAAGAUGAUAAGCGAUGGAACGGGAUCAGGGCUACGAUUGAUGUGAUGAAGGGAAAGUACAUGUUUGAAGUCGAGGUCGUAGAGGGCAUGGUGCGAGUAGGUUGGAGUGCCGGCUUUGCGAAACUGGAGCUGGGCAUAGAUGACAAGAGCUACGGUUAUGGAUCAACUGGAAAGAAGAGCUGGAAUCGCAAGUUCGAGGACUAUGGCGAAGCCUUCGAGGAAGGAGACAUCAUUGGCUCAAUGUUGGACCGGGAGAAGCAAACCAUUUCCUUCAGCAAAAACGGGAGAGACCUUGGUGUUGCAUACAAGUUAUCUCCCGAUAUGCAGGGCAUUGGCCUGAAACCGCAUAUUUGCGGCAAGGGCUUUAUGGCCGCCGCCAAGUUCGAUGGUCCGAUGGAAUACCCUGUGGAGGGCUAUCUUCCCGUAGGCCCAAUGAAGCCACGUUCAGCCUUGACAUCCCCGUUUUUUGUUUCCCAGGGUAGAUGGCUUCCAAUAUCAUCCAAUUUUCCAGCAUUCAGAUUGCUGGAGGUUUAUUCCGAGGUUCAUGUUCUGCCAUGGUCAGCCGAACUUGGGUAA